CACCGGCCCCGAACGCCUCGGGGUCCAGCAGGCUGCAGCCCGAGCGUGCGGACGGUGGGACACGGCGGGACUGUGGGCAGAAGGGAUACUUUGUCACUUCGGAGUGAUGCCUGUACCUUACUCUGUGUGUGGGCUGUGUUGCUCCAGCCUUCGGGAGCUUCUCUCAUCUCCUACAAGGAAGCCAAAAAAAAAAAAGAAAAAACGGGAGCAGUUCCGGGGCGGUCCCGGGGCGGUGUCCGCCGUCACUGCCGCCUUCUCGGCGGGCGAUUCCAAGGCGCUGUCGGGCUCUCUGCCGGCCGGUCGGCGGGCGGGCGGCCGGGACGCGAUGGCGCUGUGCCCGGAGCUGGAGCGCUCGCUGUCGCUGCUGCAGCCGGGCGCCGACCGGGCCCAGCAGCAGCAGGAGCGGCGGGCGGACGCGGCCCCCACGCCCAUGGUGUUCAUGUGCGCUGGCUGCGGGCGCCCCGUGGGCGACACCCGCCCCUGGGGUUCAGUGCCGAGGACAGCGGUCCCAUCCUGCUGCGCAGUGAGUACCAGCGCUGCCACCCCCGUGCCGCCGCGGUCGCUGCCGCCGUGCCUCCUGCCCUGCCUCCCGCCGCAGCUGCGGCCGCCAGCGUCGCCGCGGACCCGGGGCGGAAGGGCUCCGAGCUCCCCGGAGAGUGCGGAUGCAUGGUAGAAACCCUACUCUGCUCUGGCUGCUCCAGGACCCUUGGCAGAAGAUACAGGCACGCCUCAAGGCAUCUCGACUGCAAGAGGGAUUUGUUCUGUGUCCGUACUGACUCUGUUGAAAGGUAGGAAGAGUUGGGAAUGAACAGUCUGAGGAAGUGGACUGUGGAAGCUGAAGGUUGUCCAGCCAAAGCUGAGUGUGUGGCUCUGACACUGACCAAGGGUGGAAAGAGUUACUGUGUGGACAGAGAAUGUUAGAGCCAGGUGAGCUUUCACAGGAUGAAAGGAGCGAGGAGAGAAUCGAAUGGAUGAGAUCAGGUUUGAGCCCUUUCUUUGGGUUUGGGAUUUGUUUGUGGUUUUUUUGUUACCUAACACUACUUAGCACUUACUUACUUACUGUGAGAUUUGAAGUUUUCUCCAAGAACUCAGAAUGAAUUUCCCCACUCUGCCCCACUGGUAGGCACCGCAUCUCUUAGAAAAGCUCCUACCCUCCAUCUUCACUGCCCCAGUUUGAAGUAGUGCUCCAGUUUAGCCCGUAGUAAUGGGUCUUACAUCCCUUUCUGUUCAGGUAACUACACCAUUUUGUUAUUGACAUACCUGCCAGAGGAGCCUACAUUACUCCAGUGUAAUUUGUGAGGCAGUUUCCGCUCUAACAAGUUUUUGAAUGCUGCUCAACUGCAAGAGAGCUCCUGCUGGAUGUUUGAAGACUGUACCUGCUGAAGGGCUGAGGUGAGACCAGGAUCUGCACAAUCUCUGACUCUCCGUGUCUUCCCGAGGCUGAAGCCGUGUUUGCUGUCAAUGACAACCCAGUGGAAGACAGUAAAGACUGAAAACUUUGGGUUUUUUCCCUGAAUCCCACGACACUCUCUGCAGCUGUGCCCUGCAUAUCUCUUAAAAGAGUUUCCGGCUUUGGAAGGGUUUUACCUUCUGCAAUCUUAUCUAUAAGUCAUUGAAAAAGAACCUUUCUGUAUCAAUGUGAUAUUACUUGGUUUGAGUUGUUUAAUUAAAGCAUAUCAUUGAUAAGGGGUUUGAGCA